UUUAGCUUAGAGCAAUAAAUGUUGAUCUCCAGACUGAUGCUGCUCUGCAAGUGGAUAUCUCAGAUGCACUCAGUGAGAGGGACAAAGUGAAGUUCACUGUCCAUACAAAGAGCUCCUUACCAAAUUUCAAACAAAGUGAAUUUUCCGUUGUUCGGCAACAUGAAGAAUUUAUUUGGCUUCACGAUUCCUUUGUGGAGAAUGAGGACUAUGCUGGCUAUAUUAUUCCACCAGCGCCACCCAGGCCUGACUUUGAUGCCUCAAGGGAAAAAUUGCAGAAGCUUGGAGAAGGAGAAGGGUCGAUGACUAAAGAAGAAUUCACCAAGAUGAAACAAGAACUGGAGGCCGAAUAUUUGGCAAUAUUCAAGAAGACGGUUGCAAUGCAUGAAGUGUUCUUGUGUCGUGUGGCAGCACAUCCUAUUUUGAGAAAGGAUUUAAAUUUCCAUGUCUUCUUGGAAUAUAAUCAGGAUUUGAGUGUUCGUGGGAAAAAUAAGAAAGAGAAACUGGAAGACUUCUUUAAAAAUAUGGUUAAAUCAGCUGAUGGUGUCAUUGUUUCAGGAGUAAAGGAUGUGGAUGAUUUCUUUGAACAUGAAAGGACAUUCCUUGUAGAAUACCACAACCGAGUCAAAGAUGCUUCUGCCAAAUCUGAUAAAAUGACAAGAUCACAUAAAAAUGUGGCGGAUGACUAUAAUAGAAUUGGUUCUUCAUUAUAUGCAUUAGGAACACAGGACUCCACAGAUAUAUGCAAGUUCUUUCUGAAGGUAUCGGAAUUAUUUGAUAAAACAAGGAAAAUAGAGGCUCGGGUAUCUGCUGAUGAAGAUCUUAAACUUUCUGAUCUUCUGAAAUACUACUUAAGGGAAUCUCAAGCUGCUAAGGAUCUCCUAUAUAGAAGAUCUAGGUCACUAGUGGAUUAUGAAAAUGCUAAUAAGGCAUUGGAUAAAGCAAGAGCAAAAAACAAAGAUGUGCUGCAAGCUGAAACUACUCAGCAGAUAUGUUGUCAGAAAUUUGAGAAAAUAUCUGAAUCAGCAAAACAAGAAUUGAUAGACUUCAAGACAAGAAGAGUUGCAGCAUUCAGAAAAAAUUUAGUGGAACUAGCAGAACUGGAAUUAAAGCAUGCUAAGGGAGAGGAGUUUGAUGAUAAACAUCUUCCAGAAAGGUAAACUUUCGACAACUUUCUUAAAUAAUAAUAUCGGUAAAAUAUAUCUGAGGGCCUGGUAUGAAUUGUCUUUAUAAAACUUAUUCCCUUGAAGACAGUUUUGACUGUGGUUUUAUGUUUUGCUAACUCUUUGGUAUUUAUUGCUUUAGCGUGAGUACCUGCCAGUUUUUAAAAUCUCAUCUUAUGAUUUUUUUUUUUUUUGUGAGAUAGAAAGUGUGUUCUCCUGUUAUCUAGAUGUUGGGGACUUGAUAAGUAGGACAGACUUAAGCAUGAGAUCAUACGAGACUUGUAUGAAGUCAGGAACUAAAGUCAGAUCAGUUCUGUGUGUACACUUUUGGAACUCUUUUUGCCUUUAAACUAAGCAAUGCUAACAGAAGAUUUUAUUUUGCAGAUGCAUAGCAUAAUGUGUAGGUAUGCUUUAUUAGCAGAUAAGACUUUUUAACAGUGGAGCAAGGGCUUGUUCUGUGUUUCUUAAUAAUUUCAAGCAGCAGCAGCUUACAUGUGUUCAAGCAUGUUGUGAAAAAGCUAUGUUUAAACCUAUUCAGUAUUUUACCAUUGGAUUUUGGGGCAUAUUUUUGUUGUGCAUUCAUGUUCAAGAAGGGAGGACUGAUAGUCUGAAAUUUGGUGAAACUUCUAAGGUAUACUUAUAACAUUUAGAGCCUUGGCUGCACUUUGUGUUAUGACAGGAAUUUAAACUACCUCCCUCAAAAAAAAAA